CGUGUUUUCAUUUAUUAGAUACCGGGUAACAUGAACUAAAAAUCGCGGCUUUUUAUUAACAGAGCUAUCAUUAUUAACUGAGCUAAUUUUCUAGUGCUACCACUGAACUGUUCCUCCUCCUCCUUUCAGCUUGUUUAUAGCUGUUCUGUCUUUCCCCUUACCACUCCAGCUAAUCGGUCGGCCGCGCGCUUUUUCUCUACAUAAUGUGCAGGUUUGUUUGGCUCUCUGCGGCGGUUCCAAGUGUUAUUACGAGUUUUUCUUGUGUAUAAAGCUCAACGGUGGGGUAGCUGCAGAAUAGUUCAGUAGUAAAGGCAUCGCCCAGUUUGCUACUUCGCUUAAAUUUCUCCUUGCUCAGCUCAAUAGUAGGCGCCCGAACGUCCACCCGCCUGUUUGUCUUCAGUAAAACCCUCCUGUUGUCUUUGUCUAUUAACAACAUUGUCAUUGCGUUUCUAUUGCUUCUUGUGGAUGCUGUAAUAACGGCUAUAUAGUUAUACGCGCCACUACCGCUGGAGACUUUAUUUUUGUUCAUCGUCAACUUGUUUGAGCCGUCUCCGUUUGUACCACCGUGAGCUUUUUACAGCUCAGUUGCUUACUCCAGCUGCUACUAAGCGCCGUUGCUACUAAAACUAAUAGAAAAAAGGCGCAACACCGGCCUGCUCACUUGCCGUUUCGUGUUUCGUCCCGGCUAGUGGCUGUGACUGUGACGACGACGACGACGACGACGACAACGACGAUCGUAGAAGUGUUCUGCUGUAUUCUGCUCCCGCUGUUGAUACACAAAUAUAGGAGUGGUGGUUUGUUGAUUGCUUGGUAGAUUUAGGCUACUUGUAUUAGGUGGUGUUGCUGAUUGGUGUUGUCUCGUCUCGUUGUUGUGACUCUCUCUCUCUUGAUUGAUGGAAUUGGGUUUAGGGUAGUGUCGUACCAGACGUACCUCGUAGUCUGUAUCUGUCUGAUUGUCUACAUCGGUUUCCCUGUGUAUCGUAGCUGAUGGUGGUUGGUCGUAUUGGUGUGGUUCUCUGGGACUACGGCCUUCCGUUGCCACUACUGCUACCGUGGUGACCUACUGCCUAAGUGGUUAGUGGCCCAGCCAUGCCAACCAGUCCCGUGUGUGUGUAGUUUAACAACGAACGAGCGAGAGCUUCAUUGUAUGUGUUUUUGCUAUUCACUUGCAUAACUAUUACCACCGUACGACUGUGAGUGAAGCAGUUCUAUCCGUUAGAUGUCUAACGUACGAGAAGGCCUAUAGAAGAGACCUAGCAAGAUAACCUGGUGCUGCUGGUGCCAAUCCAUAGUAAUACUGGAAUAGAGGAAACCAGCCGGCGACACUCCGGUCAAGACGUCUACUUUGUCGAAUUAAGAUAUAAGGUAGAGCGUCGCUCCGCCUAUUUGUUCUAGCGGUGCACUGCUACCCAGUUCUUCUAGCAGCGGUAUGAAAAUGGUGCUCUCACCUAAGUCCAGGGAGGAAUUGCAUAAGGCGAUUGCAGACUAUCUCAGCUCGCAAGGUUUCAUGGGAGCCCUGGAAGCAUUCAAGAGAGAAGCAAACCUGAAUGGGGAAAUCGAUAAAACAGCAUCAGGACUUCUCGAAAAGAAAUGGAUGUCAGUUGUCCGUCUUCAAAAAAAGGUGAUGGAUAUGGAGGCCAAGUAUGCUGCAGCAGAAAAGGAAUACAUUAGUGGGGCACCGACUAGGGAUAAAAGAACACCAGUUGAAUGGAUUCCAAGACCACCUGAACGAUACUGUCUUACAGGGCAUCGGGCUCCUAUAACAGCUGUUUUAUUCCAUCCCACAUACUCUGUAGUAAUCUCGGCGUCUGAAGAUGCCACUAUAAAACUAUGGGACUACGAGAGUGGGGAUUUUGAAAAAACGCUCAAAGGCCACACGGAUGUCGUCCAGGAUUUAGCUCUCGAUCCACAUGGUGGAAAAUUAUUAGCUUCCUGUUCGGCUGACAUGAAUGUCAAACUGUGGGACUUCCAAAGCUACGAGUGCAUACGUACAAUGCGUGGUCACGAUCAUAAUGUCAGCUCAGUGGCUUUUCUUCCAUCAGGUGACCACUUGAUCUCAUGCUCGAGAGACAAGACAAUUAAAGUGUGGGAGGUGGCGACCGGAUACUGCGUCAAGACUCUCACAGGUCACCGGGAAUGGGUUCGCCGGAUUGCUUGCAACUGGGACGGGGCUCUUCUGGCUUCUUGUUCUCAAGAUCACUCGAUUCGAGUGUGGGCGUUAGAGACAAAAGAAUGUCGACAGGAAAUGCGUGAACAUGACAAUACCGUUGAGUGCAUAGCGUGGGCGCCUGCAUCCGCUAUUGAGGCUAUCAAUCAUGCUGCGGCUCCUGAUGUCAGUAAUGCAUCCGGUGAUAAAAAGAGACAAGGGCCUUUCUUAGCUUCGGGUAGCCGCGACAAAUUAAUCAAAAUUUGGGAUGCUUCGACUGGGCAAUGCUUAAUAACACUAACUGGACAUGACAACUGGGUACGUAGCCUUAAGUUCCAUCCGGGAGGAAAGUACCUACUUAGUGCGUCCGAUGACAAGACAGUUCGGGUAUGGGACCUCAAGACCGCCCGUUGUUCAAAAACAUUGGACGCUCAUGAACAUUUCUGCACAAGCCUUGACUUUCACCCGACAGCGCCAUAUUGCGUCACUGGCAGCGUAGACGAAAAGAUCAAGAUUUGGGAAUGCCGCUGAAGUAUACUUAAGCACUACCCCUAAGCAAUUUAGGAUCUGCAGCAGGAUUCAUGUGGCCAUUAACUGCAGAGGUUCACCAGUACCGAAAGCAAGAAAACCUUGCAUGGACGACAAUGAUCAAAUACGACAAUAUGCAAAGGGGGAGCUGUGCUGGUUCGCCUGUACUUUAUUUCUUUUACGUGGACGCGUCAAUAGGCCAAAUGAAAGAUUAAAAAGGUUCUACUCGGCGCGGAAAUGAGAUAACGUUAAUAUUUAGUAAUGUCUUUAGAUAAUCGCAAAAACAGAAUGAAUACAAUAAGUGAAAAACGUGGUGUAGGGUACAUGUCAGUUGGAGACCACUUAGGAAAAAAAAAUAUAUAUAUAUAUAUAUAUAUAUAUAUAUAUAUAUAUAAAGAAAGAAGCGAUGACUGAGACUUUAGGUGACGAUUUUAAGUGAAAGUGUUGAUGACUGGCAGAUGGAACACUACAGAAAGGACAUCAUCGUGCCUUAUGUAACGCACACAACAUGCAACAUUUGUGUGACCCCAACAACGGUGGCCCGGGAGCCCACUUCUGGUAUAUUUAGCCUUCGGUUGUUGUCUUUAUUCUAUUGAAGUAGAAGGCCACUGGAAAAAAAUCAACUAAAAGCUAGAGCAGUAUUGUACCUGCAAAGGCUGGUAACUUGUGUGUUGGGCUGUUCACCGCCUAUCACAAAAUAACUAAUGAUACUCUAUUUGGAUAGAUUCUACGUUAAGCUAAUCAAUCAGUAUACUGGUGAUAUAGUGUCGAGAACACAAUUGGGCCAUUUCGUGUCUAAGGAUUGCGAAGAUAAUUUUUGCGGAAAGAGACCGCGCCCCCAAGUGAUGAAUAUUUAGACAAGUUUUCUACCGCAACCAACAUUAUGUUCACUAUUCAUCAUACGAUGGCACUAGGUCACACAUAAAUAAGAACAGUGACGGCAGUGACAAAAUCUACUCAAAUCAGCAUUACAUUCUUUAGUUCGACUGCUCUGUGGCCUGUUCCUGCAUCGAUCAACUCGCAUUAGUGGAUGAGUGAGCUGACGGAGGAGGGCUCCAUCGAUAUGGUAGUCUGCAAGGCAGUAUUAACGAGAAUGUUGAUUCUGAUAUGAAAUAAACAAUAUUAGACCCUUGUUAGAAGUUACAGUCAUUGUGCCAUCUAGAUGAUGGCUAUAUGCUAAAGAUAGGUUUUUAUACUGCGUGAACCGCGCUAACGUUUCCAUUAGCACUCCCGGGCCGGCGGGCGAUUUGUGUUAACCGGCGACAGGCGGGCCAGUGGGUGAAAGACUUAGAUCAACCAUGUCCUCAGUCAGUCGCCCAUUAGCAUCAGUAUUAGCUUUAAGUGUGCACUCACCUACCGUUUCACCUGUCUCCGAUAAGGGUGGCUUUCGAGGUAGGUCCAUAAACAUGUAACAAACAGUCGAUAAAAAUGUAACGUAAGAAUUACGCUGAUAUAACUAGAACGGCCGGGCGGAACUCAGAGAACCCGGAAGAACAAACAGAAAAAACGAGUGGAACAUUGCAUAGAGAGGUUGUGAAUAGCCCGGUAAAAAAAAUAAAAGCAGAUGUCUCGAAGCGCAUUUUAACGGCGUGAAUGCUGGGUUGUCGAAUGCUGUAACUUGCUUACCGAAGGCAUGGUACCAGGGAUUAACUUUAUGCUAGACCAAUAACACUGUUUAGUGAAGAGUAUCAAGCGCAUUGGUUUCCGAGUGAGUAGAAAGCAAAUGACAAUGCUUCUACAGUUAGUAAAAUUGGCAAAGUUACGUUUUGAAAUCAUUUAUUUCCUCUAGACGCGCGUUAGGUUCACAGACAUCACGUUUAUCGUUCAGUGUUCUAACCGGUAGGACUGUUACCUUCCAUAGUCGUGAUUCGUAAAGUCUAGCGCUAAUAAGCUAGUAAUUAUAAAAAGAUAAUAAUGACUGUUUACUGCGGAAUCCUGUUAUUAUGUAAGAAAAACCCUUGAAUGAAUUCCUGAGCCAAUUAAUUAAUAGCGGUUGCAGCCAAAUAUGAACAUCAUACGUAGUAAAAUCUAGCUGCUGUUCAUUUGUAACUAUCGUGGCCACAUAUGGGGUAUGACGAUGAUAAUGGUAAUGUUCGAUAGAGAUAUAUAUACGUAUAGAAAAUAUAUAUUUUCGGUGAAAAAUGGAAACAUAGCAGCUCUACUAACACUACAUAUGUAUAAGUGUGAUUAAGAUUUAAUGUAAGACAAAGGUAAAUGGGGUAAGGAAUAUCUCAGUGCGAAACUAAACCAGUAAAUUUUACAGAUGGGCAAAUUGUUUGAGUAAUUUACUAUUUUUAAUUGAGAGUCUAAGACUGCUUGAAUGAGUAAGGGAUGGCGAUAAAUAGCUUUGUCGGAAAUGGGAGUCAUCAAGAAUCAUUGCUGGGGUCUGAACUCUGAAAAAAUGAAGAACUCACGUUUGUUGCUAUCUAUAUUGUAUGUUGUGUGUGUAGGCUUGUUUGUCGGACUGUUUACGGAAUAUAUUCUUUGCCGUUUGUCUUCGUUGAUUACGGUUGUCUUUCGAAUACCGCAGUCGCUGGUCGUUCUGGAAGAUACAGAACGCCUCACAACUGUCUUAUAAUACCUAUAGAGUGGCGUUGUCAAUUAUCAGGACUAACACGAACUCAGACGUUCGCCCAUAUUGUUUGUUUAUUAUUUAGAUUAACUUAUUUUUCGUAUUGUUGGCUGAAGUGCGCAGUUUGCUUGACGUACGCAGAAAGGAGAAGCCUAUGAGGUAUGCACGGAUUGUAACGGCUGCAAGAUCGCAAGAGAUAGUUACAAAAGCAAAACCGUUUAAAAUGCCUUUUUCUAGCAUGGAAGAAUACUAGUGAAGCUCUAAUGGGAACCAGCGGUCAAAAUGGUUGGAGGGCUAGUCAGGGGCCCUCUAACCGUGAGAAUGUCGUAGUAUGUGUACAGAUUAACUGAAUAGAAACUGAAACAAAUUUCUGUUUUCGGCGAAGACAUCCAUUCGAUUGUAAAACAAGAAGUAGAUGCUGCCUUUUACCCAUUUUAGGGAUUGGGUAUCCUAUUUCAACAAGGACUAGAGCUUAUAACCAUAAAGACGGUAGUCCAUCUGGGUAGGUCGCUUAGAAAUCAAUAGUACUGAAUUACAGGCUACCUUUGUGGGUAGCUUAUGGUUACCGUAGCCCACAUUGUUUUUUUUUUUCACUAAUCAACCAAAGUAAUGCUCUACGAAGUCCUAGGGAUUAUGUUUGGUAUUUAGCAGCAAGGAAAGAAACACUUGACAUGAUACACGGAAACACCAAUCUCGUAUGGUUGCAGCUACGUCGUUCACUGAUAGAAAAAGCUGACCUACGCCUCGUUGAGUAUGCACUGCAUUGUGAAUUUGCUACGGGUGCAAAUUGUCCCGCUCAUCUGAAUGGAAUACAAGUUAUGAGAUGACAAGCCUACCAAAAUAUGGACGACUUGUUUUUACGCCUCGCAAGAGCCGUGAAAAUACAAAGGUCUGCUGGCUGAUCCUACCGUAUUGUCAUAGGGUGUCAACUGGUGAAUAUCACCAGGAAUAUUAUAAUUAUGCUCAUUAUUAAAAUUAUGCGUAAUAGUGCAGCACUAGAAACAUCAAAUGCUGAUAAAACUUGAUUUAUAACAACUGUUGCUGUAAACAUAUGAAAAUCUAAUGGACACAAAGACGACCUACCAAGUCAAUGCAAAGGCAUAUCUGCAUCUUCGUCUGAAGCUCGAAGACUGUUAACGUAUUGACAUUAAAGGGACAAUGCGCUACAGUUGUCUAAAAGAGUUGAGCGGCUUUACUUAUGACAGAAUUCAAAGGAAAAGCUUCCGCUUGAAGGUAAGAAGGAUUGCACCUAAACCACCUGACGAUCAUAGUAGACGUAACAGUGCGGCUUUGAUACAUUGAGUUGGUGCUUUGAUUCAUUGAGUUGUUGUUGCGGUGCGAUGCAUACUCGCUAGGAUAUCUAGUGGCGGCCAGUACAAGCGAAUCCUAAUACUUUUUAAAGUCAUAUGUGCCGCAAUCUUCCUUAUGCGCUCGAAACUGUUUUGUGUUUUUUUUUUUCUGUAUUUACAGUCGAUUUUUAUGGUUUUCCUUUAUUUAUCAAUGUUCUAAAAAGCCUUUUUUUUGAACGCGUUGACUAGGACAUUGGGCCUAAAAAUCGUGGUAAUAUACUAACUACUUCUGCUACACGUUAUGUAGUGAGUCUGAAAGUUUUCCAAAGCGUACGCUCUAGGUAGAAUGUUAUAUGGUAUACAUGCAUCAUUACACAUGGUAUAUAUACACGCCUUAAAUUCGUUUUCGUUUAGUAGGGAAAUUUGUCUCCAGUUCUAUAUCAUAGGACUUACAAAACCAAUUUUUACAGGGCCUUCCUGUUUUAAAGUACUUUGAAUAGUAAGCUUGCGUAUGGGCGUUAAAAAUUGGAUGAAGAGUAAGUUGCAGCGAUAUCGGAUGAUAACCAUAAAAAAUCAAAUUACAUGACAUAAAAUGCUCUCGGUUAUAGCUAUAAUGGUCAAACGACAAAGAAAAUUAAAGCGGAUGAUUUUUGGCGUACUUUCCGCUACAUCUAGUGGGGUACAAAUAUUUCUAUUAAACGAAAGUGGGCGACAAGAGGCAUUUGUAACAUGCGUAUAAGUACCGGGAGCUCUGAGGGAAGAGCGCCCUCCGCAGAAAUCUUUUUGCUUCUUCAAUAGUGAAUAAUGUUUUAAAUUCCUUUUAUCCAUCGAUAAACGUUAAUCAUUUUAUUAUCAUUGUUAUGUAUAUACAAGUAAUUAUUAACAUUUAUUGAUUAUUCGCCAGCGUUUAAUAAUAAUAAAAUUGAAAAAAAAAAUAGAUUCAAACGGCGCAGGUGUAAAAAGGAAAUAACAUUGUCAGGCAAGCAGAGGAGAAGUAGGUUUGUGUGAUAACUUUCUAAUAGUGGUUGCUGCGGUGACAUCUAACCGAUAAGUCCAGUACGAUAUCUCCAGGCAUGCACUCCUUCAACGCUACAGCAAACGAUAUUAAAACGAAAACCUCAAAAGAAGCGGAAAACAGACAUUUAGUGGAAGAUUGGGUUGUGUGUAACACAUAGAGAAAAUCUAAUAGGACGGAUUAUGCUAGGGUGGCAGUUAAGUCAGUAUAUGAGUCACACGUAGAUAUUGCAACGACGAUAGCAAAAUGUGUGGCAGACCACAAAGGAGGCGUGGAUCGUUAAAACACAGACAAGACAGUGCUAAAAAUGCGAUACAGGAGUGAAGCUUUUAAAACGAAUGAGAUUUUGCCAGAAGAGCAAAUUUAUGGAAAACUUAUGGGAUGACAUAACUCAAACAGCCCUCUUUAAUUAAAUAAUGAGGAAUCUUUAAAUAAAGUAAAAAAAAAAACACAUGCACGAACCUAUUAUGCAAUUAAACAGA